AUGGCUCCAGCUGAUCAAACGAUAUCCGAAAGACGCAAAGCCACCCGCUCUUCAUUAGCCUGUUUGCCCUGUCGCUCUCGUCAUGUCAAAUGUGACGGUGAACAGCCAAGGUGUAGGCGGUGCAUCCAAGCUAAACAGCAAUGCGAUUACACUCAGUCGCGCCGAGGUGGUCAAACGCGAGAGGCUCUCGCCGAAAGACGCCGACGUCUUGCUGCAACAUCGUCAGCGGAUUAUCGGGAUAAUUCCCUCCCAAAAAGCCCAGGAAUCCUAAAUGCCCCUCAACAAUCCCAUCACCUCGACUUUCUUGGUGGCGUUGACGUUGCUGACACGCCAUCGAGCUCGGCGGCUCCAGUAUUAUCAACCACGGAAAUAUUCAACGUAGAUGAUGACUCUCUCAUCGACGCAUACUAUGAAAACUUCCACAGAUUUCACCCUUUAGUUAUACCUCGGAAGCAUCUAGCCAGAUUCUACCAUGAGCCAGGGAAGCCGAUCAAUCUAAGACCUCUACUUGCCGUGAUGCGCUGCAUUGGCCAACUCUAUCGCUCCAGAGAAUGGUCUACUUCGCUAAAGGACUUGGUCGAGAUUUCUUUCUCCGAAACUCCCCCAACAGAUCCCGUCAUGGUUCAGUGUCGACUUCUAUACUCCACUGCUCUGUUUUGGUACGACUAUAAGAAUGAGUCGAAGCAGGAAAUGGACCAUGCCGUCAGGAUCGCUCUGGAAAUUAGAAUGUUCUGUCGCGAGUUUGCAACGAAGCAUGGAUACGGAGACCCGGUGUUGAUCGAGUCGUGGAGGCGGACUUGGUGGUCGCUCUACGUUGUGGAUGGCUACUACGCCGGCACGCUGGGAACGAUGGAUUUCAAAGUUAUCAAUGUCGAUGCCAAUGUUGACCUACCUUGCCAGGAAAGAGAGUAUGAAUCAGGACAAAUUCCGCAACCACGGACACUUGAAGAAUUUGACUCACGCGAGUUCGACUUCAGCGACACGCCGUUUUCAUCAUUCGCGUAUCUAAUCGGGGCGGUUAGAUCUGCGGCAGCCGCAAUAUCUGCCGUGCCUAGAUGUUCCGGAAAGACGGCUUCCUUGGACAUUAUCCAAGCUGCAGAUGCCAUUGUUGACGGGUGGCUGCUUCUGCUACCAAAGGAACAUAAGCAGGUCCUGACGAAAACCGGGGAGAUCGACGAGCUCAUAUUCCAAGCUCAUCUGGUAGUUCACGUAUCAAUCGUUGGAAUGCACCGACCAUUAUCUGAUCUUCGCUUCAACCCCAUAGAGCACGUCUCUAGCUGCGCAAGGGACCUUCCUGCCGAGACACCGACGCCCGAACUUGUCAACGUGCAUACAGCACGAGUACUGCGCUCGGUGGAAUCACAAAUCCGCCUCUUGGCCCUGCCAAUCCGGCCCUUCAACCACUCCCCAUUUCUUACCUGCAUGAUCAGCGAGGGCACCCUUGCGCUCCUAUCCGCGUGCAACUUCCUCUUCAAGGGAAAAGAGCUGGCCAUCGCAAGGGACCAAAUCCGCAUGAUCAUCGGAUGCCUCAAAGCACUAGCGGAGAUUUGGCCCCGAACGCGGAGAAACGUGCAUGAAAUCCAGCUGAUUGCCCGCUAUGUACUUGGACUGGAGGGUAAGAAGGCGGAUCCCCCGGAGCCAAUCGGGCUGAGUGGGUCAGAUGAAAGUGCACAGGGUCUUGGGUCGGAGGCCAUGACGAUGCUCGACGACGAUGGCUUGCCGCCUAUAGAUACUCUAGAAGGGAUCGAUCUGUGGCAGAGUCUUGGUGAUCUGGAUGCUGGACUUUCUUGGUGGGCUGAUGGACAAUAG